CCACUACUUCAGGUAACUCCCCUUUCAAGCUACGCCCCUCUCCUGGAGUCCGCGGACAGACGCGCUUGGAAUAAACCACUGAAAUGGAUAUGGAAGAGAAGCCAAAAUACGGAGAUCCCAAAAAAUUCGACCCAGACUUCAAAGGGCCCAUCCAAAACAGAGGAUGCACAGACAUUAUUUGCUGUAUCUUGUUCAUCGUGGCCAUAGUGGGCUACGUUGCAGUGGGAAUACUGGCCUGGACCCACGGUGACCCGAGGAAGGUGAUCUACCCCACAGACAGCCUGGGACAGUACUGUGGCCAGGGAAAACUGGAGAAGAAGCCCUUGUUGUUCUACUUUAACAUGAUGAAGUGUGCCAGUCCCAUGGUCCUCCUCGAGUUCCAGUGUCCCACGCCUCAGGUGUGUGUAGAAAAAUGUCCUGAUCGCACUUCGACUCUGGUAACUGCCAUUAACAACCCAAAAGACUGGGAAUAUUAUAAAAGCUAUUGCAGAGAAGACCCAGGAAAUAAGCCAGUGCUGGAAAUUUUGCAAAAAAAACUAUGCCCUGCAUAUCUGAUUUCCAGCAAACCAUUUUUGCAGCGAUGUUUUCCAUCUCUAGGCAAAAAGGGUGAAGUCAUCACUGUGGGCGAUAAAGAAACAUUUAAUGAUGGAGACAAAAUAAGAGACGCUAAAGAUCUGGUGGCUGGAAUGAAGAAUGCAACAGUAGUGAUGGAGGGUCGUCAAGUUGCAAUGAAGAUCUUUGAGGAUUACACAAAGUCUUGGUACUGGAUCCUAAUUUGCUUGUUGAUCGCUGUGGUGCUGAGUCUGAUCUUCAUCGUUCUUCUGCGUUAUCUGGCUGGGCUCAUGGUCUGGGUCAUGAUCUUGAUGGUUGUUGCUGUCGUUGCCUGUGGUAUUGCUUACAGCAGCAUAAAGUAUGUCAAUCUGAAGGACACGGCUGGAUCUAAUAUCACCCUGAAGGAGCUGGGCUUCCAGCCUGAUUUCUCUGUGUACCUGCACAUCAGACAGACCUGGCUGGCCUUCAUCAUCAUCUUGGUUAUUUUGGAGGUCAUCAUCCUCGUUCUCCUCAUCUUCCUCAGGAACCGAAUCCGAAUCGCUGUUGAGCUCAUGAAGGAGGCCAGCAGGGCUGUCGGUUGUGUGAUGUCUUCGCUGUUCUACCCUAUUUUUACCUUCUUCCUCCUGACCAUAGUCAUUGCGUACUGGGGCAUCACUGCAGUGUUCCUCUCUACAUCCAGUGAACCUGUUUAUAAGGUUUUCAACGAAACCGAUUGUCUACAUGCAAGAAAAACCUGUGAACCUGAGAACUUCACUCUUUCUGAGAUGAAGAGAGUCUGUCCACGUUCUGAGUGCCUGUUUGCUUUCUAUGGUGGGGAAACACCAUAUCACAAAUACCUGAUCUUGUUUCAAUUCUACAACGUCUUCCUGUUCUUCUGGUGUGCAAACUUUGUCACUGCCCUGGGUCAGAUGACUCUGGCAGGGGCAUUUGCAUCCUACUACUGGGCUCCUAAUAAACCCAAUGACAUGCCUGCAUACCCACUGUGUGCCUCUCUGGGCAGAUCCCUCAGAUAUCACACAGGCUCUCUGGCGUUUGGUUCUCUCAUCCUCGCAAUCGUCCAGAUUAUCAGGGUUCUGCUGGAGUAUAUUGACCACAAACUCAAGGGAGCAGAGAAUAAAUUUGCCAAGUUCUUGUUGUGCUGUUUGAAAUGCUGCUUCUGGUGCCUGGAGAAGUUCAUCAAGUUUAUGAACAGGAACGCUUACAUUAUGGUGGCCAUAUACGGUAAAAACUUCUGCCGAUCAGCACGUGAUGCCUUCUUCCUCCUCAUGAGAAACGUCAUCAGGGUGGUAGUCCUGGAUAAGGUCACUGAUUUCAUCUUAUUCCUUGGGAAACUCCUGAUUGUGGGGCUUGUGGGGAUCUUCGCUUUCUUCUUCUUCUCAGGACAUACGGAUGCGUUUAAGGGCGCUGCUCCCAGUCUCCAUUACUACUGGGUUCCUAUUUUGACUGUGUUGGUGGGCACCUACUUUAUUGCACAUGGGUUUUUCAGCGUUUAUGCCAUGUGUGUGGACACACUCUUCCUCUGCUUCUUGGAGGACCUGGAGAGGAACGACGGCAGCCCAGAACGACCCUUUCUGAUGUCUGACAACCUUCGCAAUGUUUUGAAGAAGAAGAACCAGGCCAACUAGUCCUCACUGAUGGUCGGUCAGGGUUAUAUAUGUGCCUCAGGUGCCUGAAGUCAUUUUCAUUAUCAUGCCUUAGAGAACCAGACAAUCAUGUUAAUCAUGAAGUGCAUCAAAGUGAUAGAUCUCAGUAUCUCAGCCAUAUGUUACGAUUUAAAAUCUGGAAACUUUUCUUUAGAAUGAGGUCAAAUUACACUUCUGCCUUUUCCCCCCAAAGGUUUUAGGUUUAUUAUUUAUAUGUACAAAAAUCUUUUGCAAUAACUGCCAAAUGUUUUAAUUAACAUUUUAAAGAAUAACUGGGAGUGUCUUUGCCUAGAUAUUUUAUUUGGAUGUUUUGCUCGUCUUUAUAUUUAUGGUUUUUAUAUAAAAACACAGUGUAGUGUAGUCCAUUGUGUUUUCUUUGCCUAUAUGUGUGCAGAAUCGAUCGUAGAAACAAUGUUUAGAUGUUGUACUUUGAUUGUCAACUCAUUUCCAGUCCAUAGCCCUGUGAACACUAUAAUAAGAAGUGCCUGCGUGAGGUAAAACGGUUUAAGACUUCUUGACUUUAACCGUGUUCUUGACUAUUCAGUGUUUUAAGUGUUUUGUUACACCUUGGUACACCUCAAUAAAGGAUUUUCUACUA